AUGUUUGACUUGCCAUGUAAAUCUGGAUUGCGAUCGAAUCUUCUUUCAAAUAUUCGCAAAGUCCUUGCUUGCAGCAAUCUUUUAAAAGGCCUGGACCCUCCGAUAAGGGGCAGGAGGAUGAGAAAGUUGCGAUUUUUCUUCUUGGCAAUCGCAGCGGUUCUUUCAACUCUUCAAGAAGUGAGGUCUCAUGGAGAUCAGCCUUUGUCGAAGAUUGCUGUUCACAAGGCAGUAUCUGCCCUUCAUGCCCAUGCUUUUGUUAAAGCAUCCCCUGCAAUUCUUGGACUGAAGGGGCAAUAUUCAGAAUGGGUGACAUUGGACUUCAGUUCUCCAAACCCUUCAAUUGAUGAUUGGAUUGGAGUAUUUUCUCCUGCCAAUUUCAGUGCUUCGACCUGCCCUCCAGAAACUCCAAGCACUUCCGCUCCAUUUUUGUGUUCAGCACCUAUAAAGUACCAGUAUGCGAAUUACACUAGUCCCCGGUACAAAGAUACUGGGAAAGGCUUCUUGAACCUACAGUUGAUUAACCAGAGAUCAGACUUCUCUUUUGCACUAUUCUCUGGUGGCUUAUCAAACCCAAAGCUGGUGGCAGUAUCAAAUAAAAUUGCAUUCAAAAAUCCUAAAGCUCCAGUUUAUCCACGCUUAGCACAAGGGAAACUAUGGAAUGAAAUGACUGUAACAUGGACAAGUGGAUAUGAUAUCACGGAAGCUACCCCUUUUGUUGAAUGGGGUUCAAAAGGAGAACUUGUGAGAUCGCCGGCUGGGACGUUGAAUUUUGAUCGCAACAGCUUGUGUGGUGCACCAGCAAGAACAGUGGGAUGGCGAGAUCCUGGAUUUAUACACACUGCUUUUCUGAAGGAACUGUGGCCUAACACAGUGUACACCUACAAGGUAGGGCACAGAUUGUCAAAUGGCUCAUCUAUUUUGAGUCAAGAAUACCAGUUCAGAGCGUCUCCUUAUCCUGGUCAAAAUUCUGUUCAACGUGUUGUCAUAUUUGGUGACAUGGGAAAGGAUGAAGCUGAUGGAUCCAAUGAAUAUAAUAAUUUCCAGCGUGGCUCUCUCAACACUACUAAGCAGCUUAUCCAAGACUUAAAGAACAUUGAUAUUGUCUUCCACAUUGGAGAUAUAUGUUAUGCAAAUGGAUACAUUUCACAGUGGGACCAAUUCACCGCACAGGUUGAGCCAAUAGCAUCUGCUGUUCCUUACAUGAUUGCAAGUGGUAAUCAUGAGCGUGACUGGCCAGACACGGGAUCAUUUUAUGGGACCACGGAUUCAGGAGGGGAAUGUGGUGUCUUAGCACAGACCAUGUUUUAUGUCCCUGCUGAAAACAGGGCUAAAUUCUGGUAUUCAACUGACUAUGGCAUGUUCCGAUUCUGCAUUGCCGACACAGAACAUGAUUGGAGAGAGGGAACAGAGCAAUAUAAGUUCAUUGAGAACUGCCUAGCAUCAGUUGAUAGACAAAAGCAACCAUGGCUGAUAUUCCUGGCACAUCGGGUGCUCGGUUAUUCUUCUGCGAGCUUUUAUGUGGCUGAAGGUUCCUUUGAGGAGCCAAUGGGGAGGGAGAGCCUUCAGAAACUAUGGCAGAAGUACAAGGUUGACAUUGCAGUAUAUGGUCAUGUGCACAAUUACGAAAGGACAUGCCCUAUUUACCAGAAUAUUUGCAUCAAUAAGGAGAAGCACUAUUAUAAGGGUAGCUUGAAUGGGACAAUACAUGUGGUUGCUGGUGGUGGAGGAGCAAGCCUUGCAACUUUUGCUCCCGUUCAAACAAAAUGGAGUAUCGUUAAGGACUACGAUUAUGGGUUUGUCAAACUUACAGCAUUUGAUAGCUCAAACCUGUUGUUCGAGUACAAGAAGAGCAGGGAUGGAAAGGUUUACGACUCUUUCAGAAUAUCCAGAGAUUACAGGGACAUCUUAGCCUGCGCUGUAGAUAGUUGCCCAAGUACAACACUAGCAUCUUGA